AUCCAGAGUCCAAAUGAGCCUGCAUUUUGGACAAUGUUAGCUAAAGACUCUGAUGUGAAUGCUACAGAUGAAGACUACCUGGCAGAACUACAGGAAGCCAAAUUAAAGUUAAUGCUGGGCCUCUUGUUGAUGACUCUCUUCCUUUUUGUCAUCCUCUUGGCAACCUGUAGUGCCGUGAUGUACAAAAUGAAGACAAUGAACCCCGGGGGUCGGUGCCAGCGUUUGUGCUGCCAGUUCAGGCACCGGGAAAUGCGGUGGGAACUGAGUGAGGCAGCUCGUGGCAGCAGCUUGGAGGUGCCCGGAGUGCAGCGGAGCCAUGUUGAAUCCAUAGGCACAACUAUGGAAGAAUUGGAAAGAAUCAACAAAGAAAUCGAGUCAGUCAAGGCUGAGGUUGCAGAAAAGCGGAAGAGGCUCUCCAGGUUUACUUUAGCGCUUGAAGAGCUAUCGCAAAGCCCCGUGGCCUCCUUGAGUGACACAAUUGUGAGACAAGGUUUUCCUGAAAAUAGCCUGCUCCCAAAAGAACAGUGGAAUGAACCGUCAAAGAGCAAAGAGAGUCAGCCUAGAAAGUACGUGAUGGACCACAGAUGUCCAGCAACUGACCUUGAAUAUGAUCCCUUGCUCAAUUAUUCUGCAGGGCUUCUUGGGGCAUCUAAAGCAAAGCAGGGUGAGACUGACAGGCAGCACUUCUGGAAAAAAUCUGUGGGUGGAAAUUGCCACAAGUCCCUGGAGAGCCAAAGACCUUAUGUUUCACCAAUACGAAUUAAAAUAAAUCUUCAAGAUUCUGAUGAAGAUGACCUUGUAAUGGAUGUACCUCCAAUCAUUCCUACUUCUAAGAAAUCUAAACCAUUUAGAGGCUUUAAAUAUCAGAAUAUGGAUGAAAAGAUACAAGUAUCGCCCCUGGAGGAGAGAAAUCUUCAGAUCAGUGGUAUAGAAGAGGAAAAAAUAGAUGAAACCCAGCUAACCACACAAACAGAUGAUGACAGUAACAAGUUCGAACCACCAAAAUCACACCUGAAAACCUCACUAGAUACUAAAACUAACAUAAACUUGUGUGUUGUUAAAAACCACAUUUCUAAGAUGGAAAGCUUCGAUGGUGAGGAAAAGCAUGUCUGUAUUUCAGGAGGAAGUAUAACUUGUGCACCGCUCAGUGACAAAGAAAUACAGAAGGAAAGUCAUAAUGAAAGUUAUCCAAAGAGCAGAAGACAUGUAAAUACAAUUGAUGAUACUCAAAAAGAAGAAACUGAAUGGCGAUACUCACCAAGCCAACUCCAGUUCUCUUAUUCAGACAAUCACGUGAAAGACAAAGUUCUGAGAGUACAAGACGACAGUCAAGACUUCACUACUUUUGAAGACAACAGAUUAGUUGAAUUUGAUUUUGGUAAGGAAUGUACUGAAGAUGACACUCCCUCUGAGGCUGAUGACACUGUGAAGGAAUGUCUUCGAAUUUUCAAUAAGUUCACACGAAGCAAAGCUCGUAAGGGAGAGACUGCUAAGCAGCCUUCAGGAAAGCAAAUGGAAUUAGAUAUGCAAUAUUACCAAAACAUUUCUGGACCGAAAAGGAGGAUUGCACACACUGCCAAGUUUGAUGUUCCAACCAGUAAAGAGAUCACUAGGCCAUCCAGGGGACCAGUCCCACCAUUAAUUAGUCACACUGGAAUCCUUCAGGCCCAGCAACAGGCAGUGCAGAUAAUGGCUGCCAUUAAGGGUGGGCAGGCUUUUGUUGCUGCUACUUCAGAACAGGAAAAAAAUACAUUUGCAUGUCCAGCCUCUCAGACCCAAAGGAAAGCCUCAGGAGAAAAUUCAUGUACAUCAGACAGCCUUCAUGGGGAUGUAGCUCUUUCAAAGGAAAAUCCAACUGCAAAGCCAAACAGAUCACACAUUCCUGUGGAAAGUAUUGCUUCUUUUCCUGUAAAGGCUAAAAUAGAAGAAAAGACCAUUUAUGAAUGCUGUGGCCGUCGAAAUAUGUAUGUGAACAUAGCAAGAAAUACUCUGAAGAAGCUGAGAGACCAAGCUUCUAGGAGGAUGUGCUGUCGAUGUGGGAAGAUCUAUGGCGUGACUCCUGCAGGCAAACACAGCAGCGUAGAGGAAUGUCACUACCACUUUGGCCGACUGCGCUAUACAGCCAAAGGUUUGGAACUUACUCAAGUGACAGUGGUUGAUCCCAGCCUCCAGGUGGGCUAUGAUACAUCUGUGAAACCAGAUGAAGAAGUCAUUGACUAUAACACUAGGUUUUCUGGUGUGGUUGAAGAUGACUCGAAGGACACGAAAACCUCAAUCAGUGAUGUGCAAGCCACCUUGUUGAACCUGUUCAGCACUGACACUGUACUAAUUGGACAUAGCUUUGAAGGUAGUCUCUAUGCACUUAAGUUAAUUCAUACUUCAGCUGUGGACACGACAGUUAUGUUUCCUCAUCGGCUAGGCUCGCCUCACAAAAGAUCCCUUAAAAGUCUAGUGGCCGACUACCUGUGGAGAAUCAUUCAGGAUGAUGGUCACAAUUCAAGUGAAAAUGCAACCUCCUGCAUGGAACUCUGGAAGGUAAAAGACGACCUGAAAGGAAAGAAGUAACCACUUUGCCCAAGAAUAUCUUAAACCUCUGCAUUGCAUCCGUGACUACUUGGCCUUCACUGCUGGCAGUAGAGUUUGGUCUACAAUAACAUGAGGUUUCUCCACACUUUCAAAGAGAAGAGGAGAAGGAAAAGCACUGUUGAGGUCUAUUUAUUACAUUUUAAAGGUUAAAUUUCCACAGUGAUUUCUAAAGUUGUGACUGGGGAAGAGCGGGGGAAGGAAUUAGGUUUUUUUGGAAUUUGACUCAUCUUCGUAGGCAGUGUACAAAUAACAGUGGAAGAUGGUUUGAAGUUGAAGUAAUGGGUCCAGGACUUUCACAAAGGUCAUUUCUCAGGUUACUUAAAUUCCUUUUUCUCUCUAAAUACUUAGAACCAUUAUACUGCUUGGAGAUAGAAACAUCUUUACCUAACAAAACUGUAAGUUUUCUUUAGAUCAUCUAUGUAGAAAUAGAAGUGGAGAUUUUCCUCACAAAAGCUAUGGAAGUAAAUGUAAGCUUUUCAGUGUACUAUUAACAUAAAAGCUCUGGUCAUUUGGCUAUUGUGUAAUGUGUUUUUAAUCUAACUGGUGUAUUCUUACUUGAUUUUGAUAUCAACAACUCACUGACUUUUUUUUUUUUUA